AAAAAGACGGUGGGUCCCCCUGCCGCGCUGGGACGGAGGCUGAUCGACCGCAACCGCGAAACGGCAAACAAAUUUCGACGUCGUCCUUCCCUUUUCAUCCCGCCCAGCUGCAUCAACCACACCGGCACCGAACCCGCGAACCUCGGCGCGCGCGCACACGAAUACACACGCACAUACGCACAUACUUCCUCUCUUCCUUCCUACCGACCAACCGACCAACCGCAGCGCCAGCGUCAGCGCCAGCGCCAGCGCCCAGCCAUGGACGACUCGUUGCCCAACGACGCCAAGUCGAAGGAGGUGGUCAGGCUGUGGCGCGCCUGGAGGACGGUGCACGAGAUGGUCGCCGAUAGGGAGUACGAGCUCGCAGAGGAGGAAGUCAACAUCUCCCUAGACCGGUUUCGCGACGAGUACUGCAACCCGGACGGUUCCAUCAACCGUGGCAAGCUUCAGUUCUCCGCCCGCCCCAGCGACUCGAUGCUCCGCAAGAACACGCCCGCGCCCACGGCCGCCAACCCGGACCCUGUGCCCGACUGCGGCCCCGUCUGGGUCGAGUUCCUCACCGACAAGCAGUUCGGCGUCGCCCAGAUCCGCCAGUUCGCCAAGCACACCAUCACCAACAACUACAAGACGGGCAUCAUGGUCACCCACGUGCCCCUCUCCCCCGCCGCCCGCAAGUCUCUCGCCAGCGUCGAGAACCUCGCAAAGAUUGAGUGCUUCCUCGAGGACGACCUGCUCGUCAACAUCACCCACCAUGAGCUCGUGCCCCGCCACGUCCUCCUCUCGCGCGAGGAAAAGGCCGCCCUGCUCAAGCGCUACCGCCUCAAGGAGACGCAGCUGCCCCGCCUGCUGCAGAAGGACCCCGUCGCGAGGUAUCUCGGCCUCAAGCGCGGGCAGGUCGUCAAGAUCAUCCGCGUCAGCGAGACAGCUGGCCGCUAUGCCAGCUACAGGCUCUGCGUGUAGCGAGCACCAGCACCGGGAGAUGGAGGCCCUACUAGGUGACACGGCCGACUGCAUUGCAGCGCUGCACCGAGAUUCUGCAGCAACAACUGCUCGUUCGUUUGACUGGGAAACCCCCGCGGUCGCGGGCAAGGCGACUUGGGAACCAGUGAGGCAGAUGGGCGAGGGUGGCGUCUUGAUAUGCAUUUGAGGAUAAGGAGCUGGCGUUCCGGGUAUUAUUCGCACUUUGUGGCCCCGCCUUGUAUCAUUGUUACGACAGGGGGAGAAUAAGAACAUAUAUAGUUGACCCGUGCACACUACUCAAGUCACAUGGAACCAAUCGUUUAGAGUAAAGAACAAAUCGCCAAUUGUGGCGGUGUAUAGAUGAAGAUCUAUCAUCUUCAUUAUUCUACUGAGCAUCCAUCUACAGAUCCACCUCAUCAUCAUCACACCGAGCCUCUUUACAUGUUUGCAGGCAAGCACCAAACAAACAGCCCGCCUGAGCCCGCCACCACGUCGUCAAGGCAUUUCGCCGGGGUAUAUAGUAGAUGUAAAGAAAAUCCGAAGCCAACCCAAUAAUAGCUCGCCCGGGAGAGAAAGCCUUCAUAACCCUCCCGACAGCCCGCAUCCCCGUGGGUGUGUGG